AGAUCCGUAUCUACAAUAUAAUUCCUCUCAUGUCUCUAAGUGACACAAUAUUUUGUCAAUAUACAUCAUUUAACAAUGUACACUAUUGCUUAACAUAAUGCUAACAUUGUUACCCAUUUCUGUACAUGUAUAAUCUGAACUGUUGAUAAUUCAGAUUUACGAAAUAAAUUGGAACUUUUAAAGCUUUUCGCCGGUUAUGUGCUACAACUCGAGAACGUUCAACCUUUAUUCCCCUUCUUUCAGGAUGCGCUCAGUUACACUCUGUCUUUUAUUCGCUUUCCUCAUCGUAUGUUUCGCUGAGGAAAUGUUAGAAUUCAGCCCUGACGAUAUCCCAGCCGACGCUCCCAUCAUCCGAGAGAAAAGACAGUUUGGGUGGGGAGGCUAUGGCGGAUUUGGAGGAGGAUGGGGUAGAGGAUAUGGAGGCUACGGCGGUUACGGCGGUUACGGAGGCUACGGAGGUUAUGGUGGCUUCGGUCGUCGAUAUGGAGGAGGCUGGUGGUGAUCAGGAUUGCCAUAUUUUUAAAAUGCUCAAUAUCGUGCAAUGUAUUUUAUAAUGUAUAAUA